AUGUUGCCCUGGCGCUGCAUCUGCAUCGGCAUCUUCAUCUGCAUCGGCAUCUGCGGCGUCCUUCCGUCUGAGUCGCCGUUGCUGCCGGAGCUCAUCGUGCCGAUGUACAUCGAGAGCUGCAAUGUCCUCGUUCGUGCUCGGUCGGCCCCGCUCAAGGGCACCGGUCUGGCUUGCAGCGCUUUCGCUGACGCCCUCCCGGCCAAGUGGUCGCUGGAGCCAUCGGACCUUCCCGAGAGCACGGCCGCCCUGAGCAUGCUCGAUACCUUUGAUUUGGCUCCCGACCUAUCCGGCGUCGCUGUGAAGCGAAAGCUGCCAUGGGUCUUUAUAAUGACCCACCUCGAGGCCUCUGCCGCCUGGUCUCAGGAAGACUAUACCUCCAAGAAUCACCUCCGUCCCUAUCCUCCCAUGGACGGCCGCGGGCACAUGCCCAUGGAAGCACGGUCGCUUCCCAGUCUCAGCUCCUUUCUGCAGCCUCUCUCUGGUCGCGGCGAGUCCCCGUUUGUAUUCCCCGCACCCUCGGCCCCAUCGGCCGCCCUGCCUCCAACCCAGGGCGCCUUCUCGGCCUUUGCCGCUGACUCGUCGCGAGGAUUGAUCUACUCUUCGUCUUAUCAACCUUCCGGAUUCCGGCCGACCCCGGAUGUCCCUGCUCCUGCUGAACAUACUGCAUUCUUUGCCGUCAGCAACCCAACCUCCGCCCCCACUCACCCGCUGCCGCUCCAAGUUCCUCCCGCCAAAGAAACCAGCCCUCUGAGCCCCCACAACCCCACGUCGCAUACCCUUGGUGCCUCGCUCGACGAGUCUCGCCUUUUCUCCUCCUCCAAGUUGGCUGGGUCUGCCACAGCCUCGCCCCACCUCGGCCGAAGGGCCUCGAAACGCACCUCGGAGCUAUCCAAGGAGCUUGAGGUCAUGGGCAUCAAGGACCGGUACAUGAACGGCACGGCCGCCACCCCUGCUAUCACCAUCACCAACCCCUCCACCCGCACCCGCCGGCUCUCAACCUCUCGUCACUCGGGCCGCCGAAAAUCCGUCGCCUCAUCGCCCAACACGAUGGGCACCUCGCCUCCGUACCCCUCGACCGAUCCCACCGAUCAGGUGUCUUCGUCUCUCCCAAACUCUAGCUCGACGCAUACAAGCAAGGUCUAUCAGUGCCAUGUCUGCGGCAAGAUCUACAAACACCCCAACUGCCUCACGAAACACCGCUGGGAGCAUACCGAGCAGUGGAAGGAGGCCUCCAAAUUCUCCUACACCAAGCAUCAGCAAGUUCAGCUGCUCGAGGCCGCCACAAUUCUGGUGGGGCUCGGCGAUCCCACGAUCGGCCAGCGGCACCCGCUCAACAACACAAUUGAGCCCGCCAGCGUCGACGACCGAUUCUUGAGCUCGGCCACGGGCCGCAAGCGAAGCACUAGCGCCGUGCUGUGGGCUGGUCCGCCCCCCGAGUGGGACUCGGCCUCGCGUUCGCCGAAUGCCCAUCCCUCGUUGUUCCGUGCCGGCGUCCAUGACGACGACGACAUCGACAUCAGCAUCGAUGAGGAUGAUGACGAAGACGACGACAACGACAACCGCCACUUGCGGGCUGACUCGGACGAUUCAGACGAGAUUCAUCCUGCCGGAGAAAUGGAGAUGGACUGGAAGUAAUCAUGCCACCUUCCACGAUACUGAGCACACCGUCAGUGCGGACCUGGCCUGGUUCCGUUGCGGGAAUCACCGGUAGGAUCCUUUGCCGACCAUCGAUUCGCGGCUUUCUUGGCAGUUGGCUUUCUUCUUUGACUCCUCCCCCCUGCCCACAGCCAUUUCCGUUUAGUUCGUUGGGAUUGAAACUGUUGGUGUUAUCUAUUAUAAUGUCUAUUUUUCACCCCUUUUGCUCUUUGAUUUCGCCACUGGUUUCUCUUUCCAAUUACUUUUCUAUCCGCUGAUCCCGUCGCCUUGGUUUUCGUCGGGGUCGCUCAUUUCUCCCACCCUCCCCCUGCCCUCUUCCUGCCUUGCUUAUGAUAAUUCCGAUUGGCUAUUUGGUUAUGUCCACUGAGGUUGCAUCCCUAAUCGCAAUCUUGCUGCCUCAUUUGGAGCUUCCUCUCAUUUUUCUUCGACUGCCUAUAUGCUUUAUUUCCACGACCUGA